AUGAACAAGCUAGAUCAAAUUGACAAUGGCGAUAAAAAACUGUAUAAAUCAACUAAAUUUGCAUGCAUUUACAAAGUGAAAGAUAUUUAUGCGAUCAAAACUGUGCCUGUUGAUUUCAAUGCACCACCACACAAUCACAAGAGAGAAUUAAAAAUUUUACAGGAUUUUAACAAAAUAGAAGAGUCUGAUAAAUAUAUCGUGAAAUUGUUAGAUUAUAAACUAGUGGAUGAUGAGUUACAAUUUUUGCUUCCCUUUGUUCCCUUAACGUUACACGAUUUCAUGUCUUCUCAAUAUAAGUCACAUAAGAAACGAUAUAAUCCGUAUUAUAGUACUGCUGAAACUGAAUCACCAGAAAAAAAGUAUACCAAUGGGUUCGAAGUCAAGACGUUGCUAGUACCCUUUCUUACACAAAUCAUAAAGGCAGUAAAUUUUGUGCAUAAGCAAAAGAUUAUUCAUCGUGAUAUCAAACCGCAAAAUAUAAUGUAUCAACCUAAUGAUAAUUCUCUAAAGCUGAUAGACUUUGGAAUUUCAUAUGACUAUAAUGAUACUCAACAACUUGUAACUGAACCAUCAUCUGAAAAGAUAACAGAUGUUUCUACUUCUUUUUAUAAGGCACCAGAAUUAUUGUUUGGAGUUAAAAAUUAUGAUUUCAAAAUUGAUAUCUGGAGUGUUCUUGUCAUUGCAUCGCAGUGGUUACAAUCUGAAAAACUAGGAAAUGACUUUAUGGUUUUACCGGCUAUGUUUGAUGAUGGAAGUGGAUAUUUAGAGAACGGAAGUGAUAUAAGGUUGAUUUUAUCCAUAUUUGACCAACUUGGCGUUCCUUCCUUAGAUGGAUGGAAUGAACUCAGGGAUUUUGGGUCUGCAGAUGCUUUUGCUGGAUUAUUUGGAGAACAAGGCAAUGGAAACUAUAUAUUAGACCAGGAAUACAGUACUCAAGUGGGAAGAAUGAUAGAAAUGUUGCCCAAAUUGAAUGAAAUCGAUGAUGUGAAGCUAAAAAAUAAACUUGUUGACCUUUUUUUGAAAAUGAUACCACUACAAAGUAAAGAUAGAUGGGAUACUGGGCGUUUGCUUCAAGUGCUGGAAACAUUAUAA